AGUCGAUAUCGUUCUUACUUCCAUCAUCCCAUUUCCUCGUAAUCGCCAUGGCAUCCCCAACGUACUCCCUCUUCUGCUUGGGCAACCCCCUGCUUGACAUGCAGGUAACAAAUGGGGAGGAACUUUUGAAGAAAUAUGAUCUGAAAGCUAAUGAUGCUAUCCUGGCUGAGGAGAAGCAUACACCGAUCUACGAUGAAGUCGUCGCAAACUACAAAGUAACAUAUGUUGCCGGUGGUGCAUCGCAAAAUGCUGCUCGUGGUGCUGCCUACAUACUCCCCCCAAAUUCCGUAGUCUACACCGGUUGCGUCGGAGACGAUGAACUAGCAGAGCAGCUAAAAGCUGCUAACAAACGUGAAGGAUUACAGGAAGCUUAUCUUGUCAAAAAAGGCGAAAAGACUGGUGCAUGCGCCGUUGUCAUCACAGGCCACCAUCGAUCGCUGGUCACCACCUUGCGAGCUGCAGAGAAAUUCGAACAGUCGCACCUUUCGUCGUCCGCCAUUGCUCCCUUGGUUGAUGCUGCCAAAGUAUUCUAUGUCGAGGGAUUUUUCUUGACUCAUGGAGUCGAGUCUGUCCUCGAGGUAGCAAAGAAGGCAUCUAACGCAUCCAAGGUGUUCGUCCUCAAUUUAUCGGCACCUUUCAUCUCUCAAUUCUUCGGGGCUCAACUUCAACAAGUCAUCCCUCACACUGAUAUUAUCAUUGGAAAUGAGAGCGAAGCUGAGGCCUGGGGUAGCGCGAAUGGUGUACCGGACAGCAAAGACUUACCCGCCAUCGCCAAAGCACUUGCCUCCCUCCCGAAAUCCAACGCUUCGCGCCCCCGUAUCGUCAUCUUCACACAAGGACCACACUCCACUAUCGUGGUAUCCUCUGCGGAGCCGGAUAGCCCCAAAACAUAUGGUGUAAAUGCCAUCCCGAGUGAUCAGAUCGUUGAUACCAACGGCGCUGGAGAUGCAUUUGCUGGAGGUUUCCUUGGUGCUUUCGUUGCUGGAAAGCCCUUGGACGAGUGUAUUGAGGUCGGUCACAAGAUGGGUGCUAUGUGUGUCCAGCUGGUUGGCCCUCAGUACAAGUGGCCAAAAGUACAAGUUAUCUAAGCAUCUCAUCUCACGUUCCUUUACGAUAAUAUUUCCAUUCUCGUUCUCAUUUGUUUCCAUUCUCUCUGUCGCUCUCAACAGCGAUGGCUCUCAACAGCGAUAACACAGUGUAUCUCUAUACAUUUGAUAUUUAACGUCACAGCUCUCCACAGCAUUGGCAUGUAGCACAUUUCCUACUAUUUGCAACAGUUUUUCAAUACAAUGUACUCAUCCUUAUUUGUAUGAUGGCAUUCGCCUACGCUAUGGGUCCUGGAUUUUCUACAACACACGUAAAGGUAACUAAAAUAAAAACUAAGAGACAAGGUGAAGGAAUAUCAAGCGCUAGAGUAGAAUUUAUGAAGGUGGUGGAGAAGCUAAAGAUUCCUGUAACACAAAGUCUAACAUUAGACCUAUUGGAUGAUCUAUCGCACCAGAACUGACCUGUGUCAAUAACUCAGCUAUAGAGAAAAUAAGUCAAGUCCGGUAUAGGAUAAGAGCGCAAUUAUAGUAUUACCUGGGUUUAACAUUGGCUCGCCGUCUUCGGUGAGCAUCUGCUCCAUUGGUUCAGGACGAUCAAGUGUCUGUGGCUGAGACGCCGCUCCCGUAUAAGCGGGAACAUCACUUCCUGGUAUACCACCAUCGCCGGCAGAGGAAGACUCGCGGGUAAGAGGUAUAUCAUCCUCUUGGACUCCUUCGGUCUCCCCUUCGGCAUCUGCAUCGCCCUCCAUAUCAGCCUCCUGUGGAGCCUGUUCCUGGGUUAGCUCCGUUUGAAGCUGGCGAGCGCUACCAACUUCUGGUGUACCGGAAGCCGUGCUAUGAGUCCCAGCCAAACUAGACUCGCGCUUAGCAGACUCCAAGACUGCUUCCAUGGCAGCUUGAGUGAUUUCCAUAGAGACCGAUUUGACUUCUGAUAUGUUUGGGUUUGUACCCUGAGUCGCGGGCGACAUAUCUAGUGAAGGAUCAAUAACGGGCGCUACGGGCGUCAGCUUUUGACCGCUCUCAGUGGAGCGUUCUGAUAUCGUCAUGCCCCCAUCCUGCUGGCUGGGACCUGGCUCUGCUUGGGAUAAUCUUGGGUCUACGUUAUUCUGGAUACUCGACAUAGCUGGAGUGCCGGUACGCGAAGAGCCGUCACUCUGAGGUGGUUGAGAAUGCCCUCCAUUCUGCAUUUGAGAUUGAGCGACGAGUUCGGGAUUGAUUUGAGGUUGAUGGGGAGGAUGUGGAUGUGGAGGCAUCAUGGAAGUACGAUAAUACGGCGAGGCAUAAUAGGCAGGAUGCGGGCCGGGCACUUGAUGAUAACUCAUGGGGCCCAUUUGUGGUUGGCUGCCAUCUGGGGCCCAUGGGGGUGGAGGAGGCCAAUUAGCCUGGUGGAGUCUGGUAGCGGACGUAGGCAGUCCAAUGCCCUGAGGAUACUGGCCAUCCAUUACCAUACCUGGCGGCGGCGGAGGCACAUAGACUGGCGGAUAUGAGUGCAUGGGAGCGGAAGCUGGGGU